AAAAAAAAAAGUUAGAGAAAAUGUCGGAAGCUGCUCCCGCCGAAGAUGCGCCCGCCGGUGAGGGGGCCACCGAAGGAGAGGCGGCCGAAGGGGAAGAGGGAGCUUUCGAGGAGGAAGAUUAUCUGGAAGAAGCCGGCGAAUUCGGAGAGGAACUCGAUUAUGAGGGGGAAGAAGGAAUGGAAGGCGAAUUCGAAGGCGAAGAAGAAAAGAUCGGCGAAGCAGGACAAAAAGAGGGUUCUUUCGAACACAUCGAACCGCAACCCACUGAAGCGGCUGCCAAAGAGGAAGAUGCCUCAGAAGCCGAACAGGCCAUAGAAGAAGGCUUGGAGAAGAAAGCCAAGGAACUCGUAGGCGAAGUAAUCGAUGUAAGACGCGAAAGUUUCGUCGAUAUACCAGGCGCACCAAAAGUUGCAAGGUUCCAAAACACCUAUAAAAUGGAACCGGACAAACCGUACAAUCCGGAAAAGGUGUUAUCAAUCAUAAAGACCGUUUUAGAGGAGGCCUUCGAAGCUUACACGGCGUUUCGUACAGACGAAGAAGGCGAAUUGACCGACAUGAAAUAUUAUCUACCAUACAAUCCGGAUUUGUGCGUCAAGCAGGCGAAAUGGGUGUCGGAGACGGUCAGAAACAAAGUAAAGGAACUCCAAUUCAGCAGAUACAAAAUUAUCGUAAUCGCCACGAUGGGCGAAAAGCACAACCAAGACGUCUUCUGUUGCGCCCGAUUUUUAUGGGACAUCGAAAAGGACAAUUACAACUAUUAUUCAAUGGAAAAUCCUUACAUUUACGGGUACGCUAUCGUUUUCGGAUUAUAUUAUCAGUGAUGAAUAUUUUAUAUAAUUUAUAUCAAAUUUGUUUUUAUAUUAUACAACAAAAAACAUGAAAUUGUCUUUUUGUAAAUUACUACUCGAUACUACUCGAUUCGAAGAUGAGAAGAAAUAGUGAACAUACAACAAACAGAGCAGUAAUACAUACAAAAA